CGGCGGAGACUGCGGGGGGCCCCGCGCUGGCCGCCCCCUGAGCGCCCGGAGCCUCGCCGGGCUCCAUGAGCAAGUGCUGCGCCCGUCCGCGGCCAUGGCUUCCCUCCCCGCGUACCUCAGCCCGGCGGCCGUGCUGGUGCUGGUCAGCUGCGACCUGUGCCUCGUGCGCGCAAAUCGGCCCCCGUCGCCCGUCAACGUCACCGUCACCCAGCUCAAGGCCAACUCCGCGAUGGUCUCCUGGGAUGUCCCGGAAGGGGACGUCGUCAUCGGCUACGCCAUCUUGCAACAGCGGCAGGACGGGCAGAUGCAGCGCUUCAUCCGGGAGGUGAACACGACGACGCGGGCGUGCGUGCUCUGGGACCUGGCCGAGGAUGCCGACUACGUCAUCCAGGUGCAGAGCAUCGGCCUGCACGGCGAGAGCCAGGCCAGCAAGAGGGUCCACUUCCGCACCCUCAAGCAGAGUGACCGCCUGCCGUCCAACAGCUCCAGCCAGGGAGACAUCACCAUGGAGGGGCUGGACAAGGAGCGGCAGCUGCAGACGGGCGAGAUCGUCAUCAUCGUGGCUGUGCUGUUCAUGUGGGCAGCGGUGAUCGCCCUCUUCUGCAAGCAAUACGACAUCAUCAAGGACAACGACUCCAACAACAACAAGGAGAAGAGCAAGCCGGCCUCGGAGCACAGCACGCCCGAGCGGCCCACCGGGGGCCUCCUCCGCAGCAAGAAGAUGAAAUCGCCCUCUGUCAACAUCAUCGAGGUGUAGCUGAAACUCGCGGGGACCUCAGUGGCCUCGCCCUGCCACCACCGUCGCAGCCUCCUGCUUCCCUGCAUGCAAAGAGUUCCUGCUUCUUCUCGCCCCAAGAGGAGCAGACCUGCAUGGAGCCCGCCGGGGCCAAAGUGCAUGCGGAAAGCCCCUCUCGCCCAACCCUUCUCUCUGGGGCCACCCACCGCUACUAUCCGAAGAGCCUCGUUGCGGGAGCUGAAGGCGCGACCUCGCCCAGCCCCCCUGCAGCUUCACCAUGGAAACUCUGGACUGGGCCCUGAGCGGGGCCACCACCCAGAAGACCAUGCUGGGCAGACUUUGUCGCCUCCCUCAAGAGUUCCCUUCAGCCCCUAUGCCUUCCCACCUGCCCCCUCUCACCUGCCAGCUGCCCUUGGCUUCCUCUUGGGGAGGUACCAGCUGUGUGCCAACUGCCUUUGCCCUCCCCCUCCAGCCAAAGCCAGCCCACCUCCACCUUCUUCCUUCUCAGCAAGAUCAGGAGGGGUCCCUUCCCUCCUGGCAGCUGGAGAACUGCCACCCACCACCUCCCCCUGGCCACAUCCAGGAGGAGCCCCCCCCCGUGACACAUGAGCACCCAGCACCGCCUUCCAGGAAUCCAGCGCUUCCGGCCUGAAGGCUCAGCUCAGAGCGCUGCGUUGGGAGUGGCAGGUGGCCUUUCGGUCCUGGCAGAGAGAGAACAGCUUGCAGCCCCAUUUGCCUAUUUCAGCUGUGGGGCUGAGAGCAGCUCAGGGCCCUUUGCCUGGAGGUCAAGCCACCCCAUCCCACCCUCCCCUCAGGACAGGCAGCUCUCCGCCUCCCCAGCUGGGCAGCAAAAGACCCUCUUCUGCCUCCCUGCUGCUCCACUUCCCCCCACCCCAGCCAGAGAACCUACUUUAACAAGUGAAGACCCUCGCAGGCUCCCUCCCCUUGCACAGCAAAGAGCAGUGGUGGGAGCUGUGGAAUCCCCUGCUUGCCCACCUUGCCGCCCCACAGAAGGGCUGCCCCCAGGCCCACUUGGCUUGCUUCUCCCCCCUUGGGAAGGGCCUGCCUGGCACAGCUCACCCGAAGAGCUCUGGAAGUGGCUUGCAGGUGGUGCCAGACUGGUGAGCCCCAGGCAGGUGAGCCAGGAAUCCCGGCCCAGGAAGGAGACAGAUGGUGCUAUGCCCCCCACCCCCCUGUGUGCCAGUCGGGCUCCCCCAGAGAUGGCCGCCUGUGCCACUCGCUGCCCCUUUCCCCUGUGGGCUGAGGCCUCUGCAAGGAAAGACACCCAAGUACAACAACAGUAGAAAUGGUUUAUUUCCCUUUAGAAAAGGACAUUAAAAACUAGUCUUUUUGCUACAAA